CAUCAGCUGCCUCUUCGUGACGCCGCGUUUCGUUUCACGCGGUUUCGUUUACCGUGUUUAGCUUUUGUUUUCCGCCACAGUUCUGUCAUCCGACCUUUAAGUUUUCGUUUCCGAGUCCCUCGAAGCGGCCGGUCACGCGCAGCUCCUGGAGACAGCGAUGUUUUCAUGGGGAGAGGACGGUCACCGGGGCUUUCGGCUCAAAGAUUGCGCCACCGUGGACACCGGGCCGCCGACGGACGACCCGGUCCAUCACCUGAAGCUCGGUUACCGCGUGGCGGACCUGUCCGCGGGCCGCCGGGCGCUCGCGUUCGUCAAAACAAACGGGAACGCGUUCGUGAUCCGCACGACCGGGAGCAAUGACGGGAGGAGAGUCCGAGGGAAACAGAAGUUCGUGAAGUGUAAAGAGAAGAUCCGGGCUGUGGGUUGCUAUGGUGAUGAUGGUGACGAUGACGACGUGGUGGUGCUGCUGUCCGAGGGAGGACAAGUUUUCUGUGUGGACACGACUCACACUUGCAAUCUAAAGCCCCUGGCAGCUUUGUGCAACAUAGCGGUGUCUCAGGUUGCUUGUGGGAGCCGGCACUCAGUGGCCCUCACCCAAGCUGGCCAGGUGUACACAUGGGGCCGGGACUCCAGGGGCCAGCUGGGUCUGGGGAGGAGCGCGUCCCGCUCCUCCCCAGAGAUUCAGAAUGGUGCAGUGUUCACAUUCGGCUCUGGUCAGUACGGACAGCUCGGGCACAACUCAUUCGCCGAUGAACUACGACCUCGGCUUGUUGUGGAGCUCUGGGGGGCAAAGGUCACCAAGGUUGCAUGUGGACGGCAUCACACAUUGGCGCUGACAGACUCGAACAGGGUCUACUCCUUCGGGUGUGGAGAGCAUGGCCAGUUGGGACACGGAGAGGAGAGUCAUCCGUCGGUGCCGCUAGCCGUUCAACUGCCACGAGACACGGCUGACGCUGGAAUUAGAGACAUCUUCGCUGGAGGAAACUGUUCGUUUGCGACGUGCGCCUCCACUGAGGACGUCCACGAGGAGGCGAACGCCAGCCGUCUCGACGACGGAGCGCUGCGUCGCCUCGAUGACACGAUUGGCAAAUGGACCACCGAAUGCGAUCCGAAGUCAUGGAAAAAGAUCAAAAAGGAAAUCGGCAGGUUCUUUUCCUCUGCAUCAGGUGUGAAUGCAAGCUUCCUUGAGCAAAGCAAAGACAAACACUUCCAGACUUCACCAAAGUACUCGGGCUUGAACUUGUCAGUCGCAUGACUCGCCUUCAAGAAACUGGUGAAGAGGGACGAUGUUUUCGCCACGGUCGAGGCUGCUGUGCUGCACCUGCUUCCUUCCCUUGAUAAGAAGCCGUUGGGAGUGGAGGGGCUGAGGAUCUUCCUGCUCCUCAAUGAGCUCCUGCAUGCGGUCCAGAGGCACCAACGCCGCCGAACGAGCACAACUCUCGCUGAGGCGGUCGCCGCCGCCGUCGUGAACUUGUCCGCUGACAGUCUCCGGGUCAUAGGUGACUGGUGGUCCUCUCUGCUGCCCUCCACCAUGGUGGACCACGUAGAGGUGUGGAAGAAGGCCCUCUCAGGGAUCCUGUCCUUGAAGCCUGUUCCUCGCAACUCUGGAGUCAGAAACCUGCUGCUCGUCCUCCAGUAUAUGUACAAUGCCAACAGCAGGAUUGCAGAACCCCAAAGAAUGCCGGAAACCAACUUCUGUUUGUUGAUUGACAAAGAAAUUCUCGUUGAGGAUCUGCAGCUUUGGCGCAGGUUGUCUCAACGCAAGUAUAUGCAUGCUGAGCCGCUUUUCCUGUGCAACUUUCCAAUUCUGAUGGAUCUAGAGUCAAAGAAAUUUGUUUUUGACCAGAAUGCUACGUACACCAAGAUGGAAGCAACAGAUUGGACAAUGUUUUUGGGACUCGUGCUAUUUCAAGAACAGUAUUUUGUCCUGCACCUGAGCCGAGCAUCUCUUUUGGACGACACCUUUGAACAACUUGAUGCUGCUGAUCACGAGGACUACAAGUUACCGAUUGCGGUUUAUUUUGAUGAAAACUUCACAAACAGUGAUGAUGAUGCUCUCUACAGAAAAGACUUUUUUCACGAAGUGUUUCACGAGAUGAUGUCACCUGAAACUGGGAUGUUCAUGUUCAACGACUCCAAAACACUGGCGUGGUUCCCCAAAGCCACAGAGGAGGACCAGAGAUACUUCCUGUUUGGGGUUCUGUGCGGCUUGGCUUUGUACAACCAGCACAUCAUACACUUACCCUUCCCGCUGGCUCUGUUCAAGAAGCUGCUCGGUGUAAAGCCCUCCCUGGGGGACAUGAUCGAAUUCAGCCCAUGUGUUGGACAGUGUCUGCUGAACAUCCUGGAACACUACGAAGAUAAUGUCAUAAAAGACCUCGACUGGGAUUUUGCCAUCUACUGGGAUGGCAUAGAGGUUGACCUUGAUCCUAAAAGUCCUGAAAAGCCACUGACAGGGGAAAAUAAGAAGGAAUUUGUGGAUGCCUUCGUGAAUCAUGCCUUCAACACAUCAGUGGAGGGCGUGUUUCAGGAGUUCAAGAGAGGCUUCUUCCAGGUAUGUGACCAGGAUUUGGUGAAGCUGUUCCGACCAAAAGAGCUGCAGGAUGUGCUGGUGGGCGCAGACUUCCAUGACUGGGCAAAGCUGAAACAGAACACAGUUUAUGAGGGGGUGUACAGUACCACACCACCACAUCCCACAAUACAGAUGUUUUGGGAGGUGUUUGAUGAACUAACUGAGGACCAGAAGAAAGCUUUUCUUUGGUUUGUGACUGGCUUUGAACGGGUGCCCAUUCUUGGCAUGGAAAAGAUCGAGUUGAAAGUCAAAGUUAAAGUUCCGGACCUCUCCUAUGACCAGGACUACCCUGCGACGCAUACAUGUUUCUCAAUGCUGGAGCUGCCCUUAUACUCAACCAAGGAGAUCAUGCAAACCAAGCUUACAGAGGCUCUGAGCAAGAACAGGAGAUCCUACAAGUGAUGAUGGGGCUGUACCUGUACUGGACUUCACUUUGUACCUGUACUGGACUUCACUUUGUAAUCGAGCACUUUGUGAAUGGCUGAGCAAGGAGCCUUUGAGCUACUGCUAAUGUAACACUGUAUAUGAGCAAACGUUGGGAGUUUUAUAUUCUUUAUAAUGAAGUUGUAUGUCAAGAAUGCAUGGCUCAUAUUGAAAACAUGGGUGUAGAUAGUGUGUAUAAUCUGUAUCUGUUGCUGUUGUUAAGGGAUUUUACAAGUGUUGCAUCUCAGGUACUAAAGAGUGUUAUUUUGGGGCCUAGUUGCAAAAAAUGUAUUCUGUACAAAAUAAAUAUCUACAGCAAAGUAGACUUUAACGUAAGAAAAUGUUUGUUCCAUGUAACAUUUUUCAUGUCGGUGCAUUAAAAAUAAAACAGGUUUAAUUGAA